ACAAUCUUUCAGCCAACUCACUCAUCACAGCUCCUGAAAUGGAAAAAGGUUUCAAAGUAUAACUUCCAGAUUAGUGAUUAAUUUUAUAUAUACCAUAAAAAAUACAAACCUGUGCACAGAACGAUUUGCUUUUUUGCCAGCAGUUUUACCGUAAUGGCUGUUUUUGUUAAACACUCCUCAGAAAGAAAAGGUGGAUCACAGAUUACAAGAUCAAAUUGUCCAUAAAGAUCUUUUGGAAUAUCCUGUGGUGUGUUGUAGUCGUAGAAGAUAAAAUCAGGACCAAAAAUUGAAAACCGUUUGUCAAAUUCUAAAAUUUUGACUGCAAGAAGAUAAAUUGCAAAAUUAAAUGCAUUUUUAAUUUAUUCAUAUAGUGUUAUCAAAAAAUAUCCAAAUUAAAGAAAAUAAUACCUUGCCUUUCUCCAGCUAUACUGACUAAUUGUUUGUAUAGCGUUGGACAUGAAAUCAAGGCAAUUUUCGCAUUGCCUUCAGUAGACUGUACAGCCCCUUGAGUGAGGGUUGAUAUUGUCUCUUCAUCAUACCAAAACUGACUUAGUUGCUGCAAAAUGAUGACGAUUGGUAAUUAAAUUGUAAUGAAGUAAAACUAAUCAUGUUUAGAUUUAAAACCAUACCCAAUCUUCAUCGAAAGUAGCAUCUUGGUUUUCAUUCUGCUCCAAUGCAGCCUGAAACUGCUUUUCACGCUCUUCCCUUUCCUGAUAAAAUUCAUUCAAUGCGGCCAAAGUAUCCGGAUUUAAUUGCGGUACAUCGUCAUCGGAGUCGCUCAUUUUUCUACAAAUAAAUAAACGUAUUUCCUAGUUCUUUUAAAUAAAUAAAUCGAUAACGAAUGACUUGGAAUUCUAAUAUAUGAUCCCUACAUAGCUACACAAGUGUAUGUCAAAAACCUCGAGUCAGUCGAGUCUCCGGUCUCGACAACACUAUCAACACAUGCUCAAAAGAAAAGUACCUAUAUAUAUAUAUAUAUAUAUAUAUAUAUAUAGGUAUACCUACAGCACUUGGCUCAGUUCAGCAAUCACACGUGGUUUUUCUCAACGAAGCUGUUACCAACACUGUGAUAUCUAAGACCACUAGUUAGCAGACCAAAAUCCCUUAUCGAGUCCCACGUUAGCCUACAUAAGCUCAACUUCAGACUGGUAGCAUUGCAGGCCGACUUCUAGUUCUUUUUCUCGGUCUAGCGGAGAGCCGAGAAGUUCGCAGCAAAUCGGAAUCUCUUUACCAGCGGCAGAAUGGCGGACGCUAAGAAAAAGGAAACCAAGCCUAAGGCAGAGGCAUCUAAAAAGCUGCCUGCAGUACCGGAGUCGGUACUCAAGAGGAGAAAGCGCCGUGAGACCGCCAAGGCAGCCCGUCUGCAAACUUCCAUUAAGAGGCGCGCAGACCACUACAAGAAGAAGAAGGAGAUCUUCAAGCGUGCUGAACAGUAUGUCAAAGAGUACAGGAUAAAGGAGAGAGACGAGAUCAGGUUGAUCCGGCAAGCUAAGAAGCAAGGAAACUAUUACAUUCCUGGAGAAGCUAAGCUUGCUUUCGUCAUCCGUAUUCGGGGUGUGAACCAAGUAGCACCAAAGGUACGCAAGGUCCUUCAGUUGUUCCGUCUGAAGCAGAUCAACAAUGGAGUCUUCAUUAAGUUGAACAAGGCUACUAUUAACAUGCUCCGUAUUAUUGAGCCAUACAUCACCUGGGGAUACCCCAACCUCAAGUCAGUUAGAGAACUGAUCUACAAACGAGGUUUUGCCAAGAUCAACAGGCAGAGAAUCCCCAUCACAAGCAAUGCCAUCAUUGAGAGGGCUCUUGGACGUAAAAACAUCAUCUGUACUGAAGAUUUGAUUCAUGAAAUCUUCACUGUUGGUCAGAAGUUCAAGCACGCUAGCAACUUCCUGUGGCCAUUCAAGCUUAACACACCUACUGGUGGAUGGCGCAAGAAGACGAAUCACUAUGUUGAGGGAGGAGAUUUCGGUAACCGAGAGGACAAGAUCAAUGAACUCUUGAGGCGUAUGAUUUAAGUUUUAAAAUGUGCUUUCAUGUCAAUAAAAGUACAUUUAUAAAAAA